GUUUGUCUUGCAGUUCCUCUUUCCUUUUUGCAGCUGAGCUGAGCUCCGCCUCCGAGCAGGAGGAGAAACGCCGGGAGAGGCGGCAAAACCAAACUGACUCUCUUGCUUCUUCUUUCCUUGCUGGUGAUUAGCCAUGGCGGCGGCGGCGGCGGGUGCCCUGAAGCAGGAGCUGUGCGAGGAGGCCUCUUGCUCCGUCUGCCUGGGCUUCUGCAGGGACCCGGUGACCAUUGCUGGCUGCGGCCACACUUUCUGCCGGGCCUGCCUGACCCACAGCGGGGCGGAUUUAGAGGGGGCAGAGGCUUCCUGCCCCCAAUGCAGAGGACCUGCGCAGGAGGGGACCCUCCGGCCCAACCACCAGCUAGCAAACACUGCAGAAAUAACCCAGAAACUCCGCCCUUCAGAGGGGAGCACCGAGGAGCGAGGGGGGCAGAAGCGAAAGAGGGGGGUCUGCGAGAAGCACCAGGAGCCCCUGAAACUUUUCUGCCAGAAGGACGAGGCCCCCCUCUGCCUGGUCUGCAGCAGAUCCCGGGGUCACAAAUACCGCCAGAUGAUCCCUUUGGAGGAGGCGUCCCAAGAAAACGCGGCAGUCGUAGCCGGUAUAAAAGGGAGAGUUUGCCAAAAGCACCAGGAGCCGCUGAAGCUUUUCUGCAAGGAUGACAAAGUUCUCAUCUGUCUGGUCUGUGACCGAUCCAAGGAGCACAUAUAUCAUGAAAUUCGUCCUCUUGACGAGGCCUUCCAAGAGUACAAGGAUCGAUUCUGCAAUUGUCUGGAGUUGCUGAAGAAGGAGAGAGAGAAAAUUCUAGCGUGUAAAGCGGACGUAGUGAAGGAAAGCCAAGACCGCUGGUAAAACCAAACCACAGAAGAGAAACAAGACACAAUAGCAGAGUUCAGGGAACUGCACACUUUUCUGGAGGAACAAGAGAAACGUCUGCUGGCCCAGAUGGAAGAGGUGGAGAAGGAGGUGGCAAGAAAACGGGAUCAGCAUCUGGUCAAGUUUUCUGAGGCGCUCUCCUCUGUGGACAGCCUCAUGCAGGAGAUGGAGGAGGAAUGUCAGCAGUCGGCUGAACUCUUAUGGGAUGCCAGAUGCACCUUGCUAAGGUAUGAAGAAAAGGAGGCGUUUGAGAAUCCAGCAGCUUUACCGCUUUCAUUGAAGUGGCGCAUUUGGGACCGCUCGAAUUUAAAUCUCUUUUUGGAGGGCAUCAAAAAGCAACUCAAAGACACUCUGGAUUCUGGACUUCACCUGCAGAAAGCAAAUGUGACUUUGGAUCCAGGCACGGCUCAUCCCAAACUCUUCCUAUCUGAGGAUCAGAAAAGUGUGAGAAAAGGAGGAAGCGCUCAAAUUCUACCCAACAAUCCUGAGAGAUUUGACCAUUAUGGUGCUGUGUUGGGCCGUGAGGGGUUCACAGGAAGGCUUAUUUCUGGGAUGUUCCACGCAGCUUCAUGCUUCAGGUGGGCUGUGGGGGGGGUCAGAAAGUCUGUGAAGAGGAAGGGAGAGGUUACCUUUAGUCCUGAGGAAGGGAUCUGGGAGGUGGGGAGGUGGCGAGGGGGGCAUUACUGGGCUAGCAGAGAAGGCUCUAAUAUUACCCUUUCCCUGAGUGAGGAACCCAAGAGGAUCCGAGUCUGUCUCAACUAUGAUGGGGGUCAAGUAGCCUUGGAUGCUGACCGAGGAGCCCUCAUCUAUGAGUACUCUGGAGCCUCCUUCUCUGGAGAGACCCUCCUGCCCUUCUUUUGGGUAUCUGGAUGGGGCCACCUCAAGCUCCCUUCUUAAGGCCUUCUCUUCACACCAGGAGUAUCAAUUAGAAAAUAUUGUUUCUCAGAAGCUCCCCCCUUUAGUCCUGUCAAGGCCUCUCCAGCCACCAAAACUGACUGGAGUAAAAUGGGGACAUUCCCCCCCCCCCCAUUCCCCAACAUUCCCGUUUUUUCCUUUGUAUCUUAUAUGAAAAUAAGAGUAACAUAUUUCACUUCAUAAAGAAUAGCAGGCUGGUUGAGGACAAGGAGAGCUCU